AUGAACUUUUCGAGAGUUUAUACUCAUCGUCGAGUUUCGUGGAUGAAAUAGCUUGAAUUGCUUCAAUAUAUAGAGCUGUUCUCCGGAAAAUAUCUCGAUGCCGGCCCGAAGGGGGCUGUUGGCGCCCCAAAAUACCUUCUUGGAUACGAUAGCCACACGAUUCGAUGGAACUCAUAGCAACUUCGUCCUUGGCAACGCUCAAGUGCCGUCCCUGUACCCGAUCGUCUAUUGUUCGGACGGCUUUUGCGAGCUGACAGGGUUCUCUAGGGCGCAAAUCAUGCAGAAGGGAUGCGCUUGCAAGUUCCUUUACGGGCCGGAAACGAAGGAAGAACACAAGUCGCAGAUCGACAAGUCUUUGGAAUCGAAGAACGAGUUGAAGUUGGAAGUUAUUUUCUACAAAAAGAACGCUACUCCAUUCUGGUGUCUACUAGACAUUGUGCCCAUCAAGAAUGAGAAGCGAGAAGUCGUUCUUUAUCUUGCCUCCCAUAAAGACAUUACCAACACCAAGAUGGCUGAGAUGUCAGAGUGUGAUGUCUACGAUAGCGCUGCCGUUCUUGGGGCUCGCUUCCGCGGUGCUGACUCUUGCCUCCUUGCAGACGCGAACGGCAACCUCGAUGCGGAGGCCCCGCCCUCUAACGGCGGCAGAAGGCGCUCCAGGGCCGUACUCUACCAGCUGUCUGGCCACUACAAGCCGGACAAGAUGAAGACCAAGCUGAAGCUCAACAAUGUAAGUAGAGAGUGGAAGUAAUCAUUGUACGUAGACCUCCACGUGAACGCUAACGUACGAAAAAUAACGUUUAUUUACAACCAUAUAUAUGUAAUGUUGUCAUUACUAACGUGAUUGAAGGUUGGGAAGUGUCAC